UAAAUCCGAAAUCGUAUAAGCAAAAACGCCUCUUCCUCCGAGUCGUAACUGAGUCGGCCCCGCGUCUCCACUCACUCACUCCGACUCGCUUUCAUUAUUUACUCACAUUUCAUACGCUUCAUUCUUCACUCACUCACUCCUUCAAAUUUCAAAUCCACAAAAUUUAUUAUUUAUAUCGUUUAUUAUUAUUUCCGAUUUCAUUUUCUUUAAACCCCCCAAAAAUGAAAAGGAAUUAUCAAAACUCCGACUUUUGAAUCCGAAAAAGAUCUUCCCUUUUGGGUCCGGAUCCUCCGAUCCGCUUCCGCCGUCGUCGCUGCCGUACUCUCUUCACUCUCCGGCGCUCAGAUCCUUGAAGCCGUCUCUGCGGUUGGGCCGGAGCUAAUGAAGUUUUAGUUGUUGUUGUGCGCUUGUCGAGUUAGUGUGUCAUGGAUUCAGAUAAUUUGGCAGCCACCUACGGGCUUGAGGUGGCUCAUCAAAACGGUGUUCAUGGGCAGGCUGGUGUUGUUUCAGACGACAUGAAUGGGACCUUCAGCGAGAAUGCUAUGACGGAGACUGCAGCAUCAAGUGGGAAAAUUGGAAAUGCUGAUAAGGUGGAUGACGGUGGGACUAAUAGCUCGUCUGUUUGGGAAGCUAUAGAGGCCAAUGUCAACCCUGAAAGUAAUGGUUUGACUGUUGCUUUGACUAUUGCUAAGGAAGAUGAAGUGAAGGGUUCUACUCGUUCAAAGCCCGCCAAAGUGCAUAAAGGUCCAGGUAAGAGCAAGAAUGAGAAGGCCCCUGGUCCCAAGAGCGUCUCCCCAACUUUGAUGAAGAAAAGCAAAGAUGGAAAUGGCACUGAGGCAAAAGCUUCUGUUUCAAAUGGUUCAGCUGCUCCAAAUUCAUGCCCGAAACAGCCUAACAAGAAUAGAUUAUUUAAUGGGAGACAGGUUCAGUCAUCCAAUCAGCAACCUGAAAAACUUGAUGCAGAAUUGUCUGAAGGCAGCGUGGAGAAGGCGAAGCUGAAGCCUUUGAAAAAAGGCUCCCAGAAUCAGGCUGAAGGAGAAUCACAAUCCUCUUUAAGUCCAACAGAAGGAGAUAAACAGCCUAGGGUUGGGACACUUCCGAAAUAUGGUUUCAGUUUUAGGUGCGAUGAACGAGCUGAGAAAAGGAGAGAGUUCUAUACUAAACUGGAGGAAAAGAUACAUGCAAAGGAGAUGGAAAAGAAUAAUUUGCAAGCCAAGUCCGAGGAAACUCUGGAAGCUGAGAUUAGGAUGCUCAGGAAAAAACUGACUUUUAAAGCAACUCCAAUGCCAAGCUUCUAUCAGGAGCCUCCACCUCCUAAAGUGGAGCUGAAGAAGAUACCAACUACAAGAGCCAAGUCUCCCAAGCUCGGACGUAGGAAGAGCUUACCUCCUGCAGUUUCUGAAGCACACGGUAAUACCAAUGGUCGAUCUAGCAGGCUUAGUCUGGAUGAGAAAGUACCUCAGAACACUGCUAAAGGGCCCUCUCCUGUGCAUCCAAAGAAGCCACAACGGAAGUCUCUUCCUAGACUCCCGUCUGAGAAGACCACUUUACCAAAUGUGGUGAAUGAGCCAAAAAUGACUUCUAAGGCAGUAAAUGAGGAAAAGACCAACUUAAUUGCUGCAACGAUUGAGGAGAAUGCCACCAUGCCCACUGCAGAAAGUGAAGCUGGAUCUCACACCCAAGAGGAGGCAGCAGUUCCCAAGGCCGAGGUAAGCAAAGAGCAGUCCCAUACAGAUGAUGAGACAGCGGAUGAAGACCAACACCAACCCGUCUAUGUUCAAGAACCUAUAACCUCGGAGCAUUGAGCAGAAAGCAUAGACAAAACUGAACGUGCAGAGAGAGCUCCAUCAAAAGACACUGUUUAUGAAAAUAAGAAAGGUAAUAGACCUGAAUCAAUUUGACGACGAAGGCAUGAAGAAUUUUGCAUUAUGGUUUGUGAUGUCUGUCCUGUCCGUAGUCAGCAGCAUGGUUGUUCUGUGUGCUUGCUUUCAAGGUUGCUGGUCAUUGUCAUCGGAAUUCUGAAUUCCAGUUUUCCGCACCGUAUGUAACCAUUUGCAAGGUUGUUUUUCUAAUUUAUAUGUUUAAGCAUAUGCAUUAGUUGCCAGAUAAUUGGGAAGACUUGGGAAAAUUUUGGAAAAACUUUUGUUAGAUAUAGUUGGUGCUUGGAAAAUAUAUAUGUUAAGCUGGUUCUGUUGAACAAUUGGGAAUUGUGAAUCAAUCAAGGCUGAUUUUGUGUUGUAGAUUUUCCCGGUCA